CUUUCCCCAUGUUCCUUGCUCGGGACACCCCUAUCAGCAGUCGACCUCCUCCCAUACCUAUCUCAAGGUCUCAAAUCAGAGACGACUCAUUUAUGAUUGCCAAGAAUGAGUACUCCACCCUGGUAUUAAGGAAAGUUGAUAUUGGCAACACUUCACGAACUUAUCUCGUCAAGACGUAUCAUAACGCCUUGAAUCAAUCUCUCGAAAGAUUUUCGAUUGAGCUUGCGUGUCUCCUAAAUCCGCGCUCGGAAUGUUACCCAGAGCUCAUAGCGGUCACUGAGGAUGAUCAUGGCCCACUGUCACUUGUCAUGGAGCUUCCGCACCAGCAAGCCUGGAGAACGGCUCGUCCAUCUAUGUCACCGAAAGAAAAGAACGCCAUUAUACAAUGCUACAAAGACAUACAUGCUCAUGGAAUCCUCCAUGGGAACGUCAGUUUGAAGAACAUCAUCGUUGGUGUGGAUGGUGCAGUCACACUCGUUGAUUUUGACAAGGCCUAUUGCUUGGACAUUGCCUGUGUCAAGGGCGUCCCGACUUGUACCCUCAAAGCUUUGGAGACUGAAAUGAGAGCCGUCAUGUACCUUCUCAACUACAAAGGGGCACGCGAGAAGGAGCGCUCACAGCAAAGGGUUGUUCCAAGAGCAAGAAGAUCUACCAUUCGUCUUGGACAAAAUGCUGCUCCCAUGAAGAAGAAGAUCAUGGACAAAUGGGACGAGGAUGCAGAGAUGGAAGAGCUUUCCGACUUCUUUAGGAUCCCAGGGAGGUGGGAAAACGCUCUUCCAGUCACUGCCUCUCAUCCAUCUCCACUGGAUCCAAUGGUGCCCACCCAGGCACCGGAAAUUGCAAUCGAAGAAAAGCUAGAACGCAUCAAAAUCCUUCGAAUGACGUUGAAACGGAUACGCGAAGAAGAGGCCAGUGAUCGUUUACAGCUACAAGAGUUCGCCCGCAAACAUCCAUGGAACACCCAUCGUGUUGCUUUCCACCCAGACACCAAUGAUAACAGCCUUCGGUCUUCCGGCGGACGUCUUCGACGCCGACAGCGUUCAAGUACACCAUUUCCCUCCGAGGGUAACGAUGACGACCGUGGAAGUUCCUCAGAUGUGGACAUGGAGGAGGUGUCCGCUACAUCCCAUCAACCCGAGCUUUCCAGUGCUACGCCGGGGCCUUCUAUGACAUUGCGCGACGGAGCAGAACCUGAAAAUCCAUGGAUCCUUGACAAACCUACAUUCUUUGCCACGCUCCAGUCCAUGAAUGUGCCGUCUCCAAAGCCCAGAGUUGAACUCGCAUAGUUCUCAAAAGAUGAAUUGCGGAGGAUCGAGAGGCGUCGGAUGUUCCCUUCUGACAGGAGCAAAUGACUGGCGUAAACGCCAUGCCCUUAGGAGUAGGGUAUCUAGCGCCCUAUUGUCUAAAGGCAAAUACUGGCUGUGUUCGAGAAGCUGAAGAUGCAUCCUUGAAGUAGUUAGUGUAAUGGUACAUCACAUCAGUGACUUAGCGGAGGAUAUCCCAACUUGCAUCAAUG